GACGCGUUGCUUGUCUUCGUCCUCCCCCAUCCCCGCCUCCUACCGGAAGCGACCCCGGUCCCAUCCUCCAAUCUCCAUUCCUCUCGGUUCUUCCGCCACGGAGCGAUUUUGAUUUGCUUCUUGCUGAAUUGUGUUCCGAGCGACUUCGUUCCUUGUCUCCUUCUUUCGGGGGAGUUUUCUCCUGUUUGUUUUCUUUGAUUGAUUGAUUUUAGUCAUCGGAAAUGUGCCCGCUGCGGGUGAUACUCAUCUUCCUCUCCGCCACCGUCGCCGGCUUCUUCCUCCUCCGGGGCCUCAACGCCGGCGGCAACGAAUUCCUCGACGAUGACUGCUCCUCGGAACCGGAAUCUCCCAGGGCCGCUGCCGCCGCCGUUCCCCUCCGCUCCAAGGUCGGUUCGGCUGUGAGAACCGGAUUCUGGACGACGGUGGACAUGGCGAGCGGGCGGUACCUCUGGCGGACCCUUGUUGCACCACCGUCUGAUUCUGAAUCCGACAAGGCCCGGUGACAAGAACUUGAUCUCUGUUGUGUGUUUAAUGGUUGUGUAAUUGGAGGAUACACGGGACGGAAUUGACAUGACGUGGCUGCAAUUGUAAAAACGGGGUUUAUAUGUUGAAGUAAAUGGAAAAGAUUAUUCAUAUUUGGGCCUCUUAUCACA